AUGGAAUCAGUUGCAGUGGAAGCUUUGUUUUCCCGUAGAAGAAUGUCUGGUGAUGAUGAACCUUCCUCUGGCUCUGGAGACGAAGCAAACGUCACUGAUGGACACAACAACAAGCGUAUCCCUGUGCCGCCUUCUGGCUCUGGACCGACGCGCAAGAGAAGCCGCAAGGCUUGUGGUGAUGCCAUAGUUGAAGCAAUGCUAGAGAUCGCAGCAGCUUCCAAAAUGAGAGCAGCAGCUUUGACCAAGAACGGCGACAGAUUCUCAAUCAGCAAAUGCAUCAAGGCGCUGGACGACUUACAAGGUGUUGAUCAACCUACCUACUUUCUUGCCUUGGAUUUGUUUGAGAACCCCAAUUCGUCCACUAGUUGCGUCGAUUUUGAUAUAGAAUUGGAUGAGAUGGAGUUAAUUGCCGCUGCUGCUGGUUACUUGUACUACCACAGUCGCGUAAAUCAGCCUCAGAGUAAUUCGACUCCUACGAUAUGUACAUAUUUGAAAGACUUGCUUGAAGGACCUGCUGAAGAUUGCAGGGAAGUGCUUCGGAUGGAUAGGCAUCUGGAAGACGGGAUUCACGACUGGCUCUUUGCCGCCGAUGCUGCUCCAGUGGUGGAGGAACCGCAUGGACAAGAGGAAGGAGAAGAAGUAGAGUUGCUGCACCUGAACUCUACGCCUAUGGAGCAAGCUGCGGAUUCUCUACGAGACUCCAUUGCAUGUACUAUGUGGGAUGACUUCAUGAACAAGUGGGAAGAAUGGUAA